AUGGCGUCGGACGCAAAGGAGCCCGCAACACCAUCGACGCACUCUGCGCCAUCGGAGCAGCAGCAGCAAAAGGUCAAAGUCAAGUGGUAUCGAAGCACCGUCUACAAUGCCCUCAUCCUGGGAAUAUGCAACUUCUGUGCUCCAGGAAUAUGGGGUGCAAUGAACAGCCUGGGCGGCGGAGGCAGUCAACAGCCAUGGCUAAUCAACGCUGCGAACUCCUUGACUUUCUGUUUGAUGGUGGUGACUUGCAUAAUGUCUGGGAUCUUCGUCAAGUAUCUCGGCAUCAAGUGGACGCUGAUCGUCGGUGCUGCUGGAUUCUGUCCAUACGCCGCGGGACUAUACUGCAACAAUCGAUACGACUCGCACUGGUUCGUACUCUUCGGAGCUGCCUGCUGUGGUCUCGGAGCCGGCUUGUUCUGGAUGGCCGAAGCAGCAGUCGCCAUGUCGUAUCCAGAGCCAUACAACCAGGGCAAAUUCCUCGGAUUGUGGCUGUCGUUCCGCAUUCUCGGACAGAUCCUUGGAGGCGCUGUGAACCUCGGGCUGAAUGCCGAUCGGAACACCGCCGGCUCCGUCUCGUACUCCGUGUUCCAGGUCUUCAUCGCCAUCCAGGCCGCCGCCCCAUUUGCUGGUCUGCUUUUGACAAACCCACCCGACGUUCAGCGCACAGAUGGAGUCACAGUCUCAUGCUCGAUUGAGAAGUCCGAGAGCUCCAUCCAAGAGCUGAAAGAGACUGGAAAGCUUCUCAUUGGAAGGAAGUUCGUGCUGGUCAUCCCAUUGAUCGCCAAUUCUGUCUUUGCCGAAGCAGUGUUCUUCACAUACCAAGGCCUGUGGUUUUCUGUGCGCGCACGAGCUUUGGGAUCUCUUCUCUCUGGCAUUGUAGCCAUCGUCGGCGGCAAUGUACUCGGCGCUUUUCUGGACAACAAGAAGAUCGCAGCGCGGAAAAGAGCUCGAUGGUCGUUCAUUGGUAUCAUGACAAUGCAAGGCGCGUGGUGGACGUAUGGAACGAUCCUCGUCACUGGCUACCACAAAACGCAUCCGUCCUUCGACUGGAUUGACAGCGGCUUUGGUCGAGGCUUCACCUGGUUCUUGGUGAUGGUCAUGAGCUUUCAGAUCAAUUACAUGUACCUUUACUUCGUCAUGGCCAGCAUUGCGAAGAAUGAUGCCGAGAUCAUUCGAUACGCUGGUCUCCUGCGUGCGACGGAGAGUGCCUCGCAAGCUGUCUCGUACGGACUGACGAGCGUCAAGAUCAUGGGCGAAGUCGGGUGCGUUUACUUGAACUUUGGAAUGUGGGCAGUCGCCGUGAUUCCAGCGUGGUUCGUCAUCCGAGAGAUUGGAGUGAGCACCGGGAAGAUCAUCGACAAGAGGUCCGAGGACGAGGUGCGGGAGGUGCGUGUCGAUACCAAGACUGCGUUGUAA